AUGGUCCAUGGCCAUCGAGACCGCAUGCGCCAGGAGAAGCUUCGAGCCUGUGAGUCAAAGCCACAAAGUGCUGAGGUUGCACAGGAGGAGCUGCAGCAUGCAAAGCAGCAGCUGGCAGAGCGGACAGAGCGCCUUGCUGCCACGGAAGCUUCACUGAUGACCGCCGAGGGGAGACGGCGUGCUCUGGAAGCUGAGCUGCAGACCGCCAAGCUUUCAGCGGAGGCCAAAGACGAGCGCCUAGCCGGCCUCCAGAAAGCUCUGGAAGCAGCACGGGGCGAGCGGCAGAGCCGCGUCUCCGGGAUACUAGCCAAAACGCGAGCUUUGGUGGAGAGGGCUUCAGCAGAAGCCCCCGUGCGCCCAGCUCGGCCCGCAUCAGGAGCGCCCGAUGCAUCUUCACUCUUCGCUCAAGGAGCAACGUCUGACAAAGCAUCCGCUGUGUUCGCAGCAAGCGCUGCUGGGCCUCCAGGCGCAGUGGACACAUCCUCGCUUUUCGGGCAAGCCGCCAGUGCUCCAGGAGAGCGCAACGAUGCUGCGUCUCUGUUCGGGGCUGCUAGUGCUCCAGGAGCAGCGGCAAAUGGCGUUGACUCUCUGUUCGGGGAAAAAGGUCCAGGAGCAACGUCUGACAAAGCAUCCGCUGUGUUCGCAGCAAGCGCUGCUGGGCCUCCAGGCGCAGUGGACACAUCCUCGCUUUUCGGGCAAGCCGCCAGUGCUCCAGGAGAGCGCAACGAUGCUUCGUCUCUGUUCGGGGCUACUAGUGCUCCAGGAGCAGCGGCAAAUGGCGUUGACUCUCUGUUCGGGGAAAAAGGUCCAGGAGCAACGUCUGACAAAGCAUCCGCUGUGUUCGCAGCAAGCGCUGCUGGGCCUCCAGGCGCAGUGGACACAUCCUCGCUUUUCGGUCAGGCUGCAAGUGCUCCAGGACCCAGCGGCGAAGCAUCCUUGUUCGGGGAGAGCGCUGCCAACGCUCAAGGAGCGGCGACGAAUGGGGUUGAUUCCCUUUUCGGAGAGAGCGGUCCAGGAGCUCCUGCGGACGAAGCACCUGCCGUGUUCGCGGAAAGCUCUGCUGGCCCUCCAAGUGGCGCAGCGGACGCAUCCUCGCUCUUCGGGCACAGUGCUCCAGGAGAGGCGAACGAUGCAUCGUCUCUGUUCGGGGCUACAAGUGCUCCAGGACCCAGCGGCGAAGCAUCCUUGUCCGGGGAGGGCGCGGCCAACCCUCAAGGAGCGACGGCGAAUGGCGUAGAUUCUCUCUUUGGGGAGAGCGGUCCAGGCGCAGCGGACGCAUCCUCGCUCUUCGGGCAGGUAACCAGUGCUCCAGGAGAGGCCAACGAUGCAUCGUCUUUGUUCGGGGCUGCUGGUGCUCCAGGACCCAGCGGCGAAGCAUCCUUGUUCGGGGAGAGCGCUGCCAACGCUCAAGGAGCUCCUGCGGACGAAGCACCUGCCGUGUUCGCGGAAAGCUCUGCUGGCCCUCCAAGCGCAGCGGACGCAUCCUCGCUCUUCGGGCACAGUGCUCCAGGAGAGGCGAACGAUGCAUCGUCUCUGUUCGGGGCUACAAGUGCUCCAGGACCCAGCGGCGAAGCAUCCUUGUCCGGGGAGGGCGCGGCCAACCCUCAAGGAGCGACGGCGAAUGGCGUAGAUUCUCUCUUUGGGGAGAGCGGUCCAGGGGCGCCGGCUGACGAAGCACCUGCCAUGUUCGCGGAAAGCUCUGCUGGUCCUCCAGGCGCAGCGGACGCAUCCUCGCUCUUCGGGCAGGUAACCAGUGCUCCAGGAGAGGCCAACGAUGCAUCGUCUUUGUUCGGGGCUGCUGGUGCUCCAGGACCCAGCGGCGAAGCAUCCUUGUUCGGGGAGAGCGCCGCCAACGCUCAAGGAGCUCCUGCGGACGAAGCACCUGCCGUGUUCGCGGAAAGCUCUGCUGGCCCUCCAGGCGCAGCGGACGCAUCCUCGCUCUUCGGGCACAGUGCUCCAGGAGAGGCGAACGAUGCAUCGUCUCUGUUCGGGGCUACAAGUGCUCCAGGACCCAGUGGCGAAGCAUCCUUGUUCGGGGAGGGCGCGGCCAUUGCUCAAGGAGCGGCGACGAAUGGGGUUGAUUCCCUCUUCGGGGAGAGCGGUCCAGGAGGGCCGGCUGACGAAACGCCUGCCGUGUUCGCGGAAAGCUCUGCUGGCCCUCCAGGCGCAGCGGACGCAUCCUCGCUCUUCGGGCAGGUAACCAGUGCUCCAGGAGAGGCCAACGAUGCAUCGUCUCUGUUCGGGGCUGCUAGUGCUCCAGGAGCAACGGCGAAUGGCGUAGAUUCCCUCUUCGGGGAGAGCGGACCAGGCGCGCCGGGUGACGAAGCACCUGCCGUGUUUUCGCAAAGCUCUGCUGGCCCUCCAGGCGCAGCGGACGCAUCCUCGCUCUUCGGGCAGGUAACCAGUGCUCCAGGAGAGCCCAACGAUGCUUCGUCUCUGUUCGGGGCUGCUAGUGCGCCAGGACCUAGUGGCGAAGCGUCUGUCUUUGGGGAGGGCGCUGCCAACGCUCAAGGAGCAACAAGCGCCGUUGAUAGUCUGUUUGGGGGAGGCGCUUCAGGAGUGGCCGACACCUCUUCGCUCUUCGGGCAGGUCGCCAGUGCUCCAGGAGAGCCCAACGAUGCUUCGUCUCUGUUCGGGGCUGUUAGUGCGCCAGGAGUGGCCGACACGUCUUCGCUCUUCGGGCAGGUCGCCAGUGCUCCAGGAGCUGAUGCCUCCAGUCUGUUCGGGCAAGGCGCUUCCAGCGGUUCAGGAGGAAUGAUCAAUGACGUUUCAUCACUGUUCUGA